AUGGCCGCGGUGCUCAGCGCGUUCGUGCCGGACACCGCGGUCCGGUGGCGCGGGCUGGUGACGGGGGAGGUGGCGCGGCGGAUGGGCGUCGCGACGGAGGCGAAGGCGCUGCUGGCGAGGCUGGAGCGGGUGGGCGCCGCGGUGCGGGACGCCGAGGCGCGGGCCGCGUGCGGGGACGACGGCGCGGCGCGGUGGCUGGCCAAUGUGCGGGCUGCCGCCUACGAGGCGGACGGGGCCGUCGACCGGUGCAGGGUCGCCGCACGCCGGCGCAGGGCCCACGACCAACAGAAGCAGCAGGCGCCUCUUCCUAGGCUGCUAUCCUCCUGCUGCGACACGGACACGGACACGGACGUGUCCUCCUGUGUCGACAUCGCGGCUCACAUCAACAGCCUGAACCGGAAGCUGCAGGUCAUCCUCAAGGAGAAGCGUCGGCUUCAGCUCCGCUCUUCCCUCGGCGGCGACCAUCACCCAGCGCCUGACCGCGCGGCACAUAGGCUCCGCAAACCUCAGAGGACCCGGGCCGCGGGCGCCGGCAUCGUUGGCUCAAGGAUCGAGGACGACGCGGCCGCGCUCGUCGGGCUGCUGACGGAGAUGGACGGCGAGGAAACCGGCUGCACGAUCGUCGCCAUUGUCGGCCCCGACGGGAUCGGCAAGACCACGCUCGCCAGGAAGGUGUACGGCAGCGAGAGGAUACGGCUCGGCUUCGGGGCGGCGAGGUCGUGGCUGCGCGUUCCCAGGGAGUACAGCGAGGCCGGCCUGCUCUCCCAGGUCGUCGACUCGUUCGGCGGCGGCGACACGACGGGCGGCGAGAGCUUCGCCGACCUCGAGAAGGCGCUGGCCAGGCUGGUGGAGGGGAAGAGGUGUUUGCUCGUGCUGGACGACGCGCGGUACGGCGGGGUGUGGGAGGGCGUGCUGAGGAGGCCGCUCCAGCGCGCUGGGCGCGGCAGCAAGGUGGUGGUCACGGCGCGGCACGGCAGCAUUGCUCGGGAGAUGGGCGCCCGCCACGUCCACCGCAUCAAGAGGCUGGACAGCGACGGUGCCUGGCUGCUGCUUCGCGCGGCGGCCUCUGUAGCUGACGAGGCUACAGCCGCUGAGCUGAAGGGCGUGGGCCACGGGAUAGCCGAUAAGUGCGGCGGUGUGCCGUUGGCGAUCAAGGCUGUUGCCGGCGUCCUGACCACACGGGACGCGAGCGCCCAGGAGUGGGGCGAGGUGCUCGCCAGCCCGGCGUGGCUGGUGAAGGGGCUCGCGGAGGACGCCAUGAAGCCGCUGUACCUGUGCUACGACGACCUGCCGUGCCAUCUCAAGCAGUGCUUCCUCUACUGCUCGUUGUUCCCCUCUGACCUCGCCAUGGACAGGCGCGUGCUCGUGCAGCUGUGGAUAGCUGAGGGCUUCGUGCAGAUCGGAGCCGACGCAAGCGUCGAGGAUGUGGCCGAGGAGUACUACGAUGAGCUCAUCAGAAGGCACCUUCUCCAGCCGGGAGAGGAAGACGAAGGCGGCGGCGCCACGUGGUGCACCAUGCACGACAUGCUGCGAGCUCUAGCGCAGCUGCUCUCGCAUGGUGAGGAGUUGACCGGCGACUCGUAUCGGCUGUUGGUCGACAGCGAUGCCCCGUUCGCGCCACGGCGUGUUUCCCUCGCGAGAAGAAACCUGGCCUCGAUACCUGAGAAGAUCCUCAAGUUAGAAAGGGUAAGAACGCUGCUUCUUCAAAAGAACCCACUUACGGUUGAAGGAAGCAUCUUUACAAGAUUGCAGCAGCACCUUAAAGUAUUAGACCUCAGCGAAACAGCAGUGGAGCUCAUUCCAGAGGACCUGGACCUGGGCAAUCUUGUUUACCUGAGGUUCCUGAACCUGUCUCACACGAGAAUUCAGGCAAUUCCAGAAUCCAUAGGCAACCUGUGGAACCUGAAAUUCCUCCUGCUGAGAGGGUGCAGGGCACUGCACGCGCUGCCAAAAGGGAUUGAGCAUCUGAGAGGGCUCAGGGACCUUGACCUUGCCGGCACAGUGAUCGACGAUGCCGCAUUCAGAGUAGGCCAUCUGAGAAGCAUCACGUCGCUCUGCUGCUUCACGGUGACGAGCAAAGAGGCGCGUGCCGCUCAGGAUAGGAGCGGGUGGCCUCUGGAUGAGCUCAAGAACUUGUCUCAGCUGAGAACGCUGCACAUACAGAAGCUCGAGAAUGCUGCCAAUCGAUCCGAGGCAACUGAGAUGUUACUUGGCGCCAAGAAAUGCCUCAGGGAGCUCGAGCUGUCGUGCAGCAGCACUGUCGGGCCACUUCAAACAACGGAGUUGACCAGAAAGAUCGAGGAUGUCUUUGAAGAGAUGAAUCCGCCAUUGUGCCUGGAGUCACUGAAGCUUGUAAACUACUUUGGGACAAGGUUCCCGAGAUGGCUAUCGGUGACCUUCCUGCCAAAUCUCCGUGAUCUAGACAUUGUCGGGUGCAACUUCUGCCAGUCUUUUCCUCCACUAGGCCGUUUGCCAGAACUGAGAUCCUUGUACGUAGCAGACUCUUCAGCUCUGAAGGAUAUAGGUGCAGAGCUCACGGUCACGGGCACCGAACACCCACACCAGGUUCCGUUUCCAAAGCUGGAAAACCUGCACUUCCAAGGCCUGCGGAAGCUCCAGACAUGGGCAGACAUCGAGCCAGGGGCAUUUCCAUCCCUGCAGAAACUCCAGCUUGAGAGCUGCCCCAAGCUGCAGAACCUUCCUGUUGGCCUCAGACAUGUGACGUCCCUGACCAAGCUACACGUAGCAGAUAUGGCAAGCCUUGAGGCCGUGGAUGACAUUGCUACGCUGAGGGAACUGAGCGUCUGGAACACUCCUAAUUUGAAGAGGAUAUCAAACCUGCCUUCCCUUGAAGGUAUCAACAUGUGCCACUGCCCUAUGCUGGAGAGCGUGGAGAACGUAGACGGGUUACGAACAGUGCGCAUCUUUGAUCAUGAUUUGCGGGACAUGCCCAGAUGGAUCGAGGCGCAUGCUUCCAAGCUUCGAUCGCUGAAUUUCACAAGCACAGCUGAGCUGCUGAAAAGGUGCUUGGUUGAUGGUCCGGACUGGUCUGUGAUUAAGGGCAUUAAGGAAGUUCGUGGGUACUCCACUGGUUGCAGCUACAUAUACUACAAUAGGAGUCCUUACAUAUUCGAGAGCAAUGUGAGUGAUGAAGAUAACCUCGGUGUCAGAGAGGAUGAAGCAGAUCCUGAUAAUGUUGAUGACAUUUCAGUUUCAUCUUCAGGCGCCAGUUAUCUAGAAAUCAGAGGAUUCUUUGACUCACAAGUGUUGAAGGAAGGAACUAACAGGGCUGAAGAAAUUGUGCCACGUGGGAGUUUUGGGAGGACCAUGCUGGGGCUCACUCAUCGUCGCCUGCAUAAGCUAGCAGAAGUUGCUCCUGAAGAUGAUGAGGUUGAGGACGGAGCAGAUUCAGCUAUCCUGCUUCCUUCUAAUCCAACAAGAGCUAUGACAUCUGCAGAAAAAGUUGGUUGUGUUGUGACUAAUUAUCGUAAUGAUCUUGGUUCAUUGGCAAAUGCUGCGAGUCAUGAAGCAAUAACCAAUGAUGAAAUUGGUCAUAACUUGGUCCGGCAAGGGUCCCGAGCAAUCAUCAGUACUGAAAUUGGUCAAGGUUCUAACUUCAGUAGUAUCCGAAGAAAGGAACAUACAUCCAAGAAAGAAGGUGUCACUGCUGAUGUUACUGUCGCUAAAGGCAUUAGCCUAGUUCAUUCAAGGCAAGUGGUGGCUUCCAAUAAAGGAAAACAUGAUUUUGCCGAUAAUGCCGCAGCUAGCAUCUGUUCAUCCGAUGUAAUGCCAGAAAAUCCAUUAGACAAAGAAGUCCCAGAGAAAUCUGCUGGUGCCAAUGGUAGUAGCUCCAUCCAUGAAGCAUGUCAUACAGUCAUUGUCACUGAAACCACUCGAGAUCUGGCUUCCAAAGCAAUCGGUAACAUCAGUUCCAUCCAUGGUAGAAAACAACAGAUGUCAGACAAAGAGAGAGAACUUUCUGAUGGUCUUGCUCCUGCUAAUUAUGUUGACAACAAUGCAAAUCAGAUGGAGGACGGCAACAUCAGUUCGUCAGUCAAGCUAAAUCAUGAGGAAUCCAAAGCAAUCGGUGCAAGCACAACUAACUGUGAUUCAGGUCUGUUAGCUACCUAAGGAGAAGAAGAGGGGAUAGC